AUGUCAGGUGUAAUCACAACCACCACAACAAGCGAGUCGACAAUUGAGAUGUCGCCAGAUGUGACAAAUUCGAGAGAGUCCACUACCGACAUCACCAAUUCCACCAAUUCCACCACAUCAAGAAACUCCAGCAAUGCAACUAAUUUGGCCGACUCGUUGGAUUCUACCAAUUGCACCCAUUGCACCAAUUCCACCAAUUCACAAAAUUCCACUCAUUCUACUCCAACAACCAAUACACCAGCAACUUCCACUUCAACUAGCGACGACUCUGAAAGUGUAGAUUCUGAAGUUAAGGAAUUGAUCAAAGGUCGCGAGAGUUUGACAUUUGGUCCUGAUGCAAUAACAAACAACAACAACAACAACAACAAUAGCACUAAAGACAGAGCACAGCCGCAACAACAAGGAAAUAAAGCUGCUUCCAGUGUUGACUUAACCGUGUCUUCAUCGUCCCAUACGCCGUCAAUGAGCCACCAUCAUGGACACGGACACGGGCACGGAAACCCAUACGGACACGUGAAUGGAUAUGCAUAUGGAUCAAGCCCGUUUCACCAUGGCAACUAUGUCCGACUAGCUGACCAACAGGGAAAUAUCUUUAUUUUGCAUCCGAAUGGGUACGCUACUCCAGUGAGACAGAUUACUGGACAUAUAGGUGGAAGUGGGUAUACUAAUAUGUUGACGCAACAGCUUUAUUCCCAAAAUUCAACACAAAGUCUUGCUGCUAUACCGGCUCCUCCAUUGCCUCAUCCACAUGCACAUCCUCCUCCUCCUCCUCCUCCAGCAGCAGCAGAAGCAGCACUGCUAGUGCCAGUGCCAGAAUCACCAGUAGCUGUAGCCGCACCAGACGCAGAAGAUGCACAAGAUGCACAAGAUGCAUCUAUAUCGUCAAGUUACCAAGUUCAGCCCGACCCCGAUGGUGUCCACAUCAAUCCCAAUGGGGGGUACGUGUCUUCAUCAAGUAAAAUGAUGAUGAUGAUGAUGUCGUCAAAUUCAGCAAAUAUACCCAAUGGCGCAAUGGGUGUUGCACCAGGAGGUGGUGGAAGUAGCCGUGGUAAUGCUCUAGUUCCCACACACCCACCAGGCUCUUUUGGCCCCUUUGGUCCCUUUGUUCCACACGGAUUGACAAUGACACCGUCAACAACAUCAUCCACACGGUCACCGAAUAGGAGAAAUUUCCGAAAAUUUAGACAUUUGGGCAGCAGCAGCACCCGGAGUGGAGUCAAUGGACGUCGUCAUUCUAAUUUGCACGAAGUGCAGAAUUCAAUCUUGACAUUGGCGCAAUUUUGUGGCGAUUUGGAUUUGGGUACGACUAAUCGGUUUGGCAACUUGGAUUCGACUUCGAUUAUUAUUAAUCUGAGUAGCGCUAAUACGAGCUCGAGAUCGAGUUUUAGAAGUGUUUUGCAUCUUAAGAAUAAGUAG